UCAAAAGACAAAAUAUGUCGAGUUCGGCAACUCAUAAAACAUGUUGAAUUAUUUUAUGAUGUUAUUUCACCUUAUCCAUAGUUAGCUUUCGAGUUGACACCGAAAUUCAACUCCCGGUGUAACCCGAAAUAUAUACAUAACACAAAACAAAACCCGAAAUAAAAUCUGAACGGCAUGAAAUGGCACGAAGACUUCAGCGAUCACUCAACAAAAUUUUUUAUCCCCUAAGUUUCAUUGGAACAAUUGCUGGUGCUUCAGUAUUGCUAAAGGACUAUCUUGGUGGUUCCAAAUAUGAAGGGAAAGAGAAGAUUGCUGGUAAGACAGUUGUCAUAACUGGAGCCAACAGUGGCAUUGGGAAGGCUGUUGCUACAGGUCUGGCAAAUAAACGUGGAAGGAUAAUUCUUGCCUGUCGUGACAUGGAACGAUGUGCUGAAGCUCAGAAAGAAAUUAUACACCAGACUGCCAACCUAAAUAUUCACUGCAGAAAACUAGAUCUUGCUUCCAUCAAAUCUAUUAAGGCAUUUGCUGAUGCAUUUAACAAAACUGAAAACCGUUUAGACAUUCUAAUUAACAAUGCAGGGGUGAUGUGCACUCCUAAAUCCUUAACUGAAGAUGGUUUUGAACAACAGCUAGGAGUAAAUUAUUUAGGCCAUUUCUUACUAACAGUUUUACUUUUGGACAAAUUAAAAAAAUCUGCACCAAGUCGUAUUGUGAAUAUUUGUAGUCAUUCUUUUAAAAACGGUUCCAUGAACUGGCAGGAUUUGAAUAGUGCACAGAAGUAUGAUGACCGUGAAGCAUUUUACCAAAGUCACCUAGCAAAAGUUCUCUUCACAACUGAACUUGGCAGACGACUUGAAGGUUCUGGAGUUACUGUAAAUGCUGUCUACCCAGGUGUUACUAAUACAAAUCUAGGCACCCAUCUUGGAAUCAAUAAAUCAUAUAUUUCUAGUAUAUUAUUGUGGCCUGUUAAAUGGAUCUUACUGAAAACUCCUAUGCAAGGUGCACAAACAGCAUUAUUUUGCAGUGUUGACCCCAGCCUUGAAACUGUUUCAGGACACUACUUCUGCAACAACAAAGAGAUGGAGUUUCCAACAAAUGCUUUAGAUACAGAAGCAGCCAAAAGACUCUGGCUUAUUAGUGAAAAGUGGAUGGGAAUAAAUUAAGAAAAGGAUUUGUACAAAUUGUUUUUGUAAAUAAAGAUUAUGAAAAAAUAUUAGAAUCCUG